AUGAGCCUCCAGAUCCUUGCUCGACGAGCUGCUUCGGUAGUCCCUAGAUCCAGCGUCAAUGCUGCUGUUUUUGUCAGAUAUAACUCUUCUUCAACCCCAUCCUCCACAUCUUCUACUCCAGCCCAACAACAACAACCCGCACAAUCGAUAACCUCGGAGAGCCUCGACAAGAUCAACGCCUCGCAGUUGCUGGGCGCGCUGUCUGCGCAGGCGCGCGGCGACAAGACUGCAGACGAAGAUGCUCGUGAGUGGCUGGCGGCCAUCCGUGAACUUCGCAAAGAUUUUACACAAAAUGGCACUGCGCCGUUCAACCCCUUGCGCGCCUUUUCGCCCGACGAGGACGCCGAAAUCAACCUUGUCCAGCAGGCUCUUGAUGCCAGUCUGCACGACUCUAAGUUUGUUCCUACCCAGGAGCAACAGGCCCAGCUCGACCGUCUGCGCGACGUGGCCAUCCCGGUCAAAACCGACCCUACGAUCCAGUACCUCACCAAUGUCAUUAUGCGCCAUGGCCGCAAGGCUCGCGCCCAGCGCAUCAUGUCUGAGGCCCUGUACCUUGUCCACCUGUCGACUCGCCGUGAUCCCGUCGAGCUUCUCAAGUCCACUCUUGAACGCAUGUCGCCUCUUCUCAAGCUCCGCAGAUAUACAGAUGGUGGUGCACGUGCCGAAAUGGUGCCUGUUGCGCUGUCGGAGCGCCAGCGCACCCGCCACGCUUGGAACUGGAUUGUUGAAGCUUCUGAUAAGCGUAACUCCAAGUCCUUUUCCGUGAGACUUGCUAAUGAAAUCAUUGCUGCAUCCAACGGUUCUGGCUCUGGCUUCUCCAAGAGAGAACAACUGCACAAGUCUGGUAUUGCAGCCAGAUCCUUCAUCAAGAAGUUGUAA